AUGUCGGCGCACCUCGCCGUCGCGCUGUUCCUCGCGUUAGCCGCCGCGUCGGCCCGCGGCUCCGACGUGCCGUCGUUCCCGCUCUCACAGGCGCAGUCCCCGUCCAACUCCUCGUCCCCGUCCAACGCCUCCUCGCCGCCGUGCCACCUCGACCUGUCCGCCGAGCUCUUCGGUGGCGUGGCCGCGGCGUGCGGCGCCGGCGGGGGCCCGGGCUCGUUGGACCGCGGCCGCUGCUGCCCGGUCCUCGCGGCCUGGCUCUUCGCGGCGCACGCGCGCACCGCGCUGUCCGUGCCCCCGGCACCCGCGCCCUCGGCGCUCGCCGGGGAGGAGGGGCUGGGCCCCGGCGGCGACGACGGGCCCAUGGUGCCUUACGACAACCAGCGGUGCGUCGACGCGCUGGGCACCGCGCUGGAGAAGCGCGGGGUGGCGCUGCCCCGCCCCAACGCCACGUGCGACACCGUGCUCUGCUUCUGCGGCAUCCGGCUCCACCAGAUCGGCUCGCUCCGCUGCCCCGCCGCGUUCGCCGUCGGCACUGGCGCCGCCGCCAAGAACGCCACGCCCACCGCCGCCGUGAAGGACCUGGAGAAGAGCUGCCGCAACGCCUCCUACGCCGGCUGCUCCCGAUGCGUGCAGUCCCUGCAAAAGCUGAAGGGGAACGUGAGCCGCGAGGUCUCGGGCGCCGGCGGCGACCGCGCGCGGCGGAUGCUGGGGCGGGACUGCCAGCUGAUGGGCCUCACGUGGCUGCUGGCCAAGAACAAGACGGCCUACAUCCCCACCGUCUCCGCCGUGCUGCGCGCCAUGCUCUACACCGCGCACCCGACGGAGUCCGGCAGCGGCGGCGCGGCGCCGAGGUGCAGCCCCGACCAGGAGAACAUGCCGCUGGCCGUGGACUCGCUGCAGUUCGAGCACACCGGCAGCGCGGGCUCUGCGGCUGCCUCCGUGACGCCGCGCGGCGCCCUCCUCCUCGGCCUCGCGCUCAGCCUGAUGAUCGGGUGGUGGGAUGCGUUCUUGGGAACCAAUGCAAGAGCGCUGGAGAGGGCGUGGUGGAACCUUGUUGAUACACGUAUUUUGUACUAG